AUGGUGAUUUUUACCAGCCAUGCUGCCAGCCUGCGCCUCCUCACGAUUCUGUGCCUGGGUCCCAUGUGUCAAAUGCUCCUGGUGAUGCGCCUCUUGGUCCGCAUGUGGAUACGAUAUUGCUUUUUUGCUUUCUUUGCCAUCACCAUGGCUCGUCCCCAAUUUGGCUUUGGUGGAUAUGGAGGAUUCGGGGGACAGCAGCAGCAAGAAGAGCAAUACGGUGGAGGCUUUUUCUGCUUUGGAGGAGAGUUUGGACAGCAACAACAGCAACAAGACGGCUUCGGAGGCUUUGGAGGUCAAGAGCAACAACAGCAACAAGCCGGUUUCGGAGGCUUUGGAGGGGGCUUCGGUCAGGAGCAACAGCAACAGGGCUUUGGUGGAUACUUUUGAUAAUUUCCAUGUCAUUAAUUUGUACCAUAUAGUCAUGUGGGAGUAUAGUAUCUUGAUUAACAAAUAAAAAAUUUUAAAUGAAAACAUAUCAAUCUUUUAAAGCCCUGUUGGCCGUUAAAAUUCCGCUUAAUUUUUGAUAGAAUUAAUGCGUAUUUCUGCUCUGA